GGUUAACUAAAGUGGCUUAUUUCGACAAAACAUGAAUGUGGGAUUGUACUGCCUCAUGGAAGUAUUAAGAAAUGAAAGUGAUGAUUUAUCUACGUAUAUGGUAAUCAAACGGUGACCAGUAUUAAUUAGAUACGUCAUAAAAAAAAACAGGAAAGAAAAAUCGGUUAACAAGAAACGCGCUGAUUUUUGCUUUUAAUUAACAAAAAGACCAAAGGCGGAAGUAUAAAGACAAAUCUUUUGUUUCACCAGCCAGCGAUUUUAGACAAUUAAGGAAAUAUGUCGGAUGCCAAAUUCAAGAUUGGCAAGUUGCUUGGAGAGGGGGCAUUUGGGAAGGUAUUCCUGAUUGAAGACAAGAAUGAUCCUUCACAAGAGUACGCGAUGAAAAUUAUGCAGAUCGGAAAGAUGGAACCGGAGGAAGUGACGCUAGCGCUACAGGAGAUCAAAUUGCUCUCGGAUCUCAACCACGAGAACAUACUGGCUUACGUUGAAGCCUUCCCGCAAGACGGAUGUUUAUGCAUUGUCACAGAGUUCUGUUCCAACGGGGAUCUCUCGGAUUAUAUUGAGAAACAACACGGAACGAAACUAGAAGAGUUGCGGCUCAUUGAAUGGUUCAAACAACUCACUAGUGCUAUUGAGUACAUGCACAGUAAGAACAUCAUACAUCGAGAUUUGAAGGUGGCCAAUGUAUUUCUCGACAAGAACAUGAACUGUAAACUGGGAGACUUUGGCGUCGCAAGGAUACUGGAGUCACCCGCCGCAAUGGCUCAGACACAAGUGGGCACCUACCAUUACAUGAGCCCCGAGAUAUUCAUGGGAAUCAGAUACAAUUCCAAGACUGACAUUUGGUCCCUAGCGGUUCUUAUCUACGAAUUGGCCACGCUGGAGAAGCCGUUUGAUGCCCUCUUCCUUCCUAUGCUAAUUUUCAAGGUCACACGCGGUGAGAAACCGGAAAUGCCCAAAGGAUAUCGGAAGGAGUUCUGUGCUUUGUUGUCACGGAUGAUGGAGAAAGACCCAAACGACAGACCAUCGGCAGCGGAGAUGAUGAAAGAUGUGUUAUUCCAGGAUGCCAGCAAACCAGAUCCCAUGCCAAACCUCCGCUCACAGGGAGAUUACGGCAGUAAAGACUACGAGGCAGGUGGUCUUAACCUGAACAACUUCCUGCGGACCAUUGGAGACAUGUCCGUUGCCGGAAGAAAGAGACCUCAAGCGCAGCCUAAACCUCCCUUGAAGCCCAAACCACGAGUUGCGAAGCCUAGAGACAAAGCGGAACCGGAAGAAGAGCUGACAGGGGAUCCGGUGAUGGACCUUGUCACGAGGACACUUUCUAGCAUGGGCCAUAAUACGUUGAAACCAGCCGGCAAAAACCAGAUGCAGCAUCAUGUAGAAAUGCUGAGGAUGUAUAUUCUGCGUGUGUUGGACAAUGACAGAGCUCUUUUUGACCGAGCCGUGUCUGAACUGGACAGCGUUGCUGAUAAAGAUGACCUGGAGGAAAAGCUGAUCAGAAUCCUCGGUCACGAGCGGUACGGCUUGUGUGGUGUUCAACUGCUUCAUUACAAGAACUUUACGUACAAUAUUCGAACGUGAAGUAAAAUAACACUGCCCUUAAUACUGGCAUCAGUUGUGUACAUGACUACCGUGAACACUCUAAGCGACGACAUUUUUGCAAUGUGGCAAAUGAUCCUUUUUAUGUUCUGUGUUUUUUUGUAUUAUAAUUUAUUAUACUGCUUAAGUCUUCUCAUUCAUAUGCAUGCGAUCAUAUGUGACGUGCAUUUUUUCAUAGCUUCUAUGACAACGUACUAGUUUUGCUAAUUAUGUGGCGUUUUGGAAUAGGACCGUUUGAACAAUUCGUGGCCCCAUCCCUUAACAUGGCCCUUUUUAUUAUGAUCGUGAACAAUGCUACAUUGUACUUUUUUCUGUUCCACCUUUUUUGUAUUGGGUGUUGUCCUUAUAAUAAAUUGUUUAAGUAUAUAUUCAUACCAUACAACGUAUUAAUUAAAAUGAACUGCCUUUAUGAAGAACCGCUUCAGUGUGCAAAACAAAGUACACGACAGGCGUCUGCUUAUAUAUUCUUUGAUGAUUAAAAAUACGUAAAAACAU